UUCCGGCCGGCUUCCGCAGACGGCGCUGGUGGGGUAUCGUGAGGCGCCGGAGGUCGUUCCCGGCGGCCGGAGCCAUGGAGAUGCCGCUGCCGCCUGAUGACCAGGAGCUUCGAAAUGUCAUCGACAAGCUGGCCCAGUUCGUGGCCCGCAACGGGCCCGAGUUUGAGAAGAUGACAAUGGAGAAGCAAAAGGACAACCCGAAAUUCUCGUUUCUGUUUGGAGGUGAAUUCUACAGUUAUUACAAGUGCAAGCUGGCGCUGGAACAGCAGCAGCUCAUCUGCAAGCAGCAGGCACCAGAGCUGGAGCCAGCCGCUGCCCUGCCACCCCUGCCACAGCCCCCACUGGCCCCUGCUGCGCCCAUCCCGCCAACCCAGGGAGCCCCAUCCAUGGACGAGCUCAUCCAGCAGAGCCAGUGGAACCUGCAGCAGCAGGAACAGCACCUACUGGCCCUCAGACAGGAGCAGGUGACAGCUGCCGUGGCCCACGCAGUGGAACAACAGAUGCAGAAGCUCCUGGAGGAGACCCAGCUGGACAUGAACGAGUUUGACAACCUGCUACAGCCCAUCAUUGACACAUGUACCAAAGAUGCCAUCUCGGCUGGGAAGAAUUGGAUGUUUAGCAACGCCAAGUCCCCACCACACUGCGAGCUGAUGGCAGGCCACCUCCGGAACCGCAUCACAGCUGACGGUGCGCACUUCGAGCUUCGGCUGCACCUCAUCUACCUGAUUAACGACGUGCUGCACCACUGGGCCCUGACGCGUGGAAGGUCUCUCCCUCACAGCCAGCGCAAGCAGGCCAGGGAGCUGCUGGCCGCCCUACAGAAGGUUGUGGUGCCCAUCUACUGCACCAGCUUCUUGGCCGUGGAGGAGGACAAGCAGCAAAAGAUCGCCCGGCUCCUGCAGCUGUGGGAGAAGAAUGGCUACUUCGAUGACUCCAUCAUCCAGCAGUUGCAGAGCCCAGCCCUGGGGCUCGGCCAGUACCAUGCGACCCUCAUCAAUGAGUACUCCUCAGUGGUCCAGCCAGUGCAACUGGCCUUCCAGCAGCAGAUCCAGACCCUCAAGACGCAGCACGAGGAGUUCGUCAACAGCCUGGCCCAGCAGCAGCAACAGCAGCAGCAGCAACAGCAGCAGCAGAUCCAGAUGCCACAAAUGGAAGCUGAAGUCAAGGCCACACCGCCGCCGCCUGCCCCGCCACCGGCCCCCACGCCCACCCCGGCCAUCCCGCCAACCACCCAACCUGAUGACAACAAGCCUCCCAUCCAAAUGCCUGGCUCCUCCGAGUACGAUGCCUCAGGAGGGGUCCAAGACCCUGCUGCUGCUGGCCCCCGUGGCCCCGGGCCCCACGACCAGAUCCCACCUAACAAGCCCCCAUGGUUUGACCAGCCUCACCCCGUUGCUCCUUGGGGCCAACAGCAGCCUCCGGACCAGCCCCCCUACCCACACCACCAAGGCGGACCUCCUCACUGCCCACCCUGGAACAACAGCCACGAGGGCAUGUGGGGAGAGCAGCGCGGGGACCCUGGCUGGAAUGGCCAGCGCGAUGCACCCUGGAACAGUCAGCCCGACCCCAACUGGAACAGCCAGUUCGAAGGCCCCUGGAAUAGCCAGCACGAGCAGCCGCCCUGGGGUGGUGGCCAGCGCGAGCCGCCCUUCCGCAUGCAGCGGCCACCGCACUUCCGAGGGCCCUUCCCGCCCCACCAGCAGCACCCGCAGUUCAACCAGCCGCCGCACCCCCACAACUUCAACCGCUUCCCGCCCCGCUUCAUGCAGGAUGACUUUCCCCCAAGGCACCCCUUCGAGCGGCCACCCUAUCCUCACCGCUUUGACUACCCCCAGGGGGACUUCCCUGCUGAAAUGGGACCCCCUCACCACCACCCUGGCCACCGCAUGCCACAUCCUGGGAUCAAUGAGCACCCGCCCUGGGGGGGCCCUCAGCACCCUGACUUUGGCCCUCCUCCCCAUGGCUUCAAUGGGCAGCCCCCCCACAUGCGGCGACAGGGCCCUCCCCACAUCAACCAUGAUGACCCCAGUUUGGUCCCCAACGUACCCUACUUUGAUCUCCCUGCUGGGCUGAUGGCCCCCCUCGUGAAGCUGGAAGACCAUGAGUACAAGCCUUUGGACCCUAAAGACAUCCGCCUUCCGCCCCCCAUGCCACCCAGCGAGAGGCUGCUGGCGGCCGUGGAGGCCUUUUACAGCCCUCCCUCCCAUGACAGGCCCAGGAACAGUGAAGGCUGGGAGCAGAACGGCCUGUAUGAGUUCUUCCGAGCAAAAAUGCGGGCACGACGGAGGAAAGGCCAGGAAAAGAGGAACAGUGGACCCUCACGGUCUCGGAGCAGAUCCAAAAGCAGAGGGCGCUCCUCCUCGCGCUCCAACUCGAGGUCCUCCAAGUCGUCGGGCUCGUACUCCAGGUCGCGCUCCCGCUCCCGCUCCCGCUCGUACUCCCGCUCCCGCUCCAGGAGCCGCAGCCGAUCCUGCUCCUCAAGAAGCCGCUCCAGGUCCCGUUCCCGCUCCAGGUCCAAGUCGUACUCCCCAGGGAGGAGGCUUCGGUCGCGGUCCAGGAGCCCCACCCCGCCUUCCUCGGCUGGUCUGGGUUCUAAUUCAGCACCUCCUAUACCUGACUCCAGGCUUGGGGAAGAGAACAAAGGACAUCAGAUGCUGGUGAAAAUGGGCUGGAGUGGAUCUGGCGGCCUCGGCGCAAAAGAACAAGGGAUCCAGGACCCCAUCAAGGGCGGGGACGUGCGGGAUAAGUGGGACCAGUACAAGGGCGUGGGUGUGGCCCUGGACGACCCGUACGAGAACUACCGCAGGAACAAGAGCUACUCCUUCAUCGCCCGCAUGAAGGCCAGGGAAGAGUGCAAGUAGGUGCGGCGAGGAGCCAUGCCAGCCGACGGCAGCUUGGCCGUCGGGACCUUCGUGGCCGUGGAAAAGGGUAGGGACAGCUUGAUUCUCACACAGCCUCCAUCUUUGGGGAGCAACAGAAGAGGAGGACAACCAUAGCAUGCCUAGUGACCAGUGCCAUGCUCGACCACAUGGGAGGCCCAGGCCCCACCUGCAAACCAGUUCUAACGUAGAAGCAAGAUUGAGGAGACAAGACACCCUGAGCUCAACCCUUGGACAGUGAAGUGAGAAACAUGAACCCCUCAACCCAGACAAGAAUCCUCGAUACCUGAAGGAACGGAUGUUUCGCAUCUCCCCAGUCAGACCUAAGCCUCUGCUUAAACCAGCAGGCGAAUGUGGAGGCGGCCCUGGGUGAGCACGCCCACCGUCCAGACUAGGGGUGCAGCGGGCCAGCUCUACCUCCUGUACCCACCGGAUGUGUCGUGACAGCUCAGGCCAGGCACCAGUACUGCUCACUCUUAACAAACAGAAAGACAAAACCUUGAUUUGCAAAAUUAAACAGGGUUUUCAUUUUUACUCCAAUUGGUUGAGUUUUUAAAAAACGAAUAUUGAUCUAAGAAGAGCCCCAGUGAGAAAAUUUCAAACUUGAUUCCUCCAAGACGUACUGGCCCCUUAGUUCAAUUAUUUUAGUUAAGUUGAAUUUUUUUUUUGAACGUUAGCCAUUUACUAUUAUCUGCAGAAACAAAAGGAUCUAAGGAGACGGAUCUGAAGCAUCUUCAGGUCACGGUGUGAUGCCCCUGGGGGAUCUGUACCCUGAGCAUCUACUUGUGUUUUUCACUUAGAGGAACCCCAACACCAGCACUUGGUGUGCGACAGCCCAUUUAGACCCACAGCCUGGGGAGCAGCCACCGGCCAUGCCUCCUGCUCUGUCACUUCCUUUUCCUGUUCCCCCGCACCACCACCACAAGGGGUGAGGCCUGGAGUGCGCCACGGGGUGACCGUGCUGGGAUCAGCCACACUUGGCAUCCAUGGGCAACAGGGUGCGGUGCCCUUUAUUUGUACAGAAACAUUUUUGAAAAAUUCUUUUCGAUAAGAUUCAAAAUCCUCUCCAACUUUUCAGCCUGGUGUGAUAAAAUAUUUGAUUUUGUUCUGGGUUUCCUGUAGCUGUGAAUUGUUUAAACGCAUCUGUUUCAGGAUAAAGCAUAAACAUGUGCUGUUAACAAUUUGUGGAUUUUACUGUUUUGCCUUCAAAUAAAGACUUUUUUUAAAGAC